CUGGCCGGUGGCCGCCUCCCACACCCCCGAAGCCGAAGCCUACCAAGCAGCCGCCGCCGCCCUCGCCCUCGCCGGCUCCCAACGAACCCACCCUUCCACCGCUGACACGGCCAUGGACGCCACGCCGGCACCCGAGGCGGCGCCCGGCGCCUCCUCCUCCUCGGCCGCGGCCGCGGCCGCCGAGGAUCUGGCGGGGGGCGUGGCGGCGCUGACGCUCGAGGAGCGGUUCGCGACGCUGCGGGGGAUCGGGGAGGAGUGCAUCCAGGAGGACGAGCUCAUGCGCCUGCUGCAGAACAAGCCCGUCCCCAUCUGCUACGACGGCUUCGAGCCCUCCGGACGUAUGCACAUUGCUCAGGGUGUUGUCAAAACCAUCAACGUCAACAAGAUGGUCAGGGCUGGAUGCAAGGUGAAAAUCUGGAUUGCGGACUGGUUCGCACAGCUCAACAACAAGAUGGGAGGUGACCUGAAGAAAAUCCAGACAGUCGGGCGCUACAUGAUCGAGAUCUGGAAAGCGGCUGGGAUGAACCUUGAUGGUGUGGAGUUCCUUUGGUCUUCAGAAGAGAUUAACAAGCGUGCGCACGAGUACUGGCCACUUGUGAUGGACAUUGCUCGGAGAAACAAUGUCAAAAGAAUUACCAGAUGCGGCCAAAUUAUGGGCAGAAGUGACCAGGAAGAAUUGACUGCUGCCCAGAUUUUCUACCCUUGCAUGCAAUGUGCUGAUAUAUUUUUCUUGAAGGCUGACAUAUGCCAGUUGGGGAUGGACCAAAGGAAAGUGAAUAUGCUAGCUAGGGAGUACUGCGAUGACAUCAAAAGGAAGAACAAACCUAUUAUUCUGUCACAUCAUAUGCUCCCUGGUUUUAAAGAAGGCCAGGAGAAGAUGUCAAAGAGUGAUCCAUCCUCCGCUAUCUUUAUGGAAGAUGAUGAGGCCCAGGUUAAUGUGAAGAUAAAGCAAGCUUUCUGUCCUCCCAAAAUUGUUGAGGGAAAUCCUUGUUUGGAGUACAUUAAAUACAUCGUCUUCCCCUGGUUUGGAAAGUUUGAGGUCAUCCGCAAGGAAAGCAAUGGUGGUAACAAGACGUUUUUAACCAUGGAUGAACUCAUUUCUGAAUAUGAGAGUGGUGCUUUGCAUCCUGCCGAUGUUAAACCUGCACUGGCAAAAGCAAUAAAUGAAAUAUUGCAGCCUGUUCGUGAUCACUUCAACAACAACAGUGAAGCCAAAGUUCUGCUUAACACUGUUAAGAAGUACAGAGUCACCAAUUGAGCGGCGUACUCUUCCCAGGGUGAAUUUUGCCCUUUGCAAUUUUCGAAUGCUGAUCUAUUUACUGAAAGCCACCGGACUCUUGGCGUUGCUCAGUGUACAAUCUCAGAUUCAGGCACUGUAUGGUCGCGGUGGCCUUGUCUUUGGUUGGCCGCGACAUUGUAGAGAUAUUUAAUUUUAUAUUGGGCAUAUGAUACUGAAGUUUACCCUUCGAGAACUGAGUUUUGUUAUCCUUUCA